AGGUGAUAAGAAAUGACACAAACAACUCCUAAUCACAAGAUCACAGUUUCCGGAUGGGCGGCCCAUGAUUCCGCAGGUGUAAUCACUCCUUACACCUUCAAAAGAAGAGUGAAUGGAGCAAAUGAUGUUUCCAUCAAGAUCUUGUAUUGUGGAAUUUGUCAUACCGAUAUUCACCAAGUCAAAAACGAUUGGGGUAUUACCAUGUACCCUGUUGUUCCUGGGCAUGAAAUAACCGGAGUAAUAAUUGAGGUUGGAAGCAAUGUGAAAGGGUUCAAGAUUGGGGACCGGGUUGGGGUAGGAUGCUUGGCUGCGUCGUGUUUAGAGUGUGAAUUUUGUAAGGGAUCCGAAGAGAAUUACUGUGAAAAAAGCCAAUUUACCUACAAUGGUAUAUUUUGGGAUGGAAGCAUCACUUAUGGUGGUUAUUCUCAGAUGUUGGUUGCUGACCACAGGUAUGUAGUUCAUGUACCCGAAAGCUUGCCAAUGGACGCGGCAGCACCAUUACUAUGCGCGGGAAUUACAGUGUACUCACCAAUGAUCGAUUGCAAGCUACACGAGUCUACUGGAAAGAGAAUAGGAAUUGUUGGGCUGGGAGGCCUUGGGCAUGUGGCUAUUAAAUUUGGUAAAGCUUUUGGCCACCAUGUUACUGUCAUUAGCACCUCCCCUUCGAAAGAGAAGGAGGCCCGACAACGUCUAGGUGCUGAUGAUUUCAUCGUUAGCACAGACCCUAAACAAAUGCAGUCAAAGAUGAGGACACUGGACUUCAUAUUGGACACGGUUGCUGCACCACACUCCAUUGGGCCAAUCCUGGAACUACUCAAAGUGAAAGGAACACUUGUGCUUGUGGGUGCACCUGAUAAGCCUCUAGAGUUGCCUUCUUUCCCUUUAAUAUUUGGAAAAAGGGUGGUGAAAGGUAGCAUAAUUGGAGGAAUAAAAGAAACACAAGAAAUGUUGAACUUUUGUGGGGAGCACAACAUCACAUGCGAGAUUGAGACGGUUACACCGGAUUAUAUCAAUGAAGCCUUGACUAGACUGGCCAACAACGAUGUCAAGUAUCGUUUCGUGAUCAACAUCGCUGGCAGAAACUCGAGCCUAUAAUUCGAUGUUUCAAGACUGUUCUGUUUUCUAAAAAUACUUGCUACUUGUGUGUGGAGAAACUAUAAAUAUGUGCAAAACAUAUUCUAGUGUAUCUGUUUGUAACUUUAUGUGAUUGCAUUUUUAUCUAAGAAAUAAAAUUAUAUGAUUAAGAAUGCUAAUUUCAA